GUGGGAAACACCGCCUGACGCAAACAGUUGAAUUUUUUUGUAUUCCUUUUUCUUCCCGCCGCCGCCGCCAUGAAAUCAGUGGCGGAGAAGCUGCGAAUGUUCCACCGGAAGCUGUCCCUUAAUUUAUCCUCUCCUUCAGUAGCAAUUAGAAAUUUCCAGAUCUCUACAACCGCUGCUACUGAGAGCAGCGCCGGCCUUACGGAAGAAGAAGUGAAACAGAUCAACGCCGUCGUUCCCCGCCUAUGCUCCUCAAACCACCUCAAAGAAGCCAUUCAACUCAUGUCCGCCGCCCUUUCCACGGCGAACCCACCUCUCAAUGCUCUCCCGCUAUCCAUUCUCAUCAACAGGCUCGCUCUCGAACCCGAUCUCACCCACCACAUGCACUUACUCAACGCCCUCAAAUUCAAUCCCAACACUGGAAAUCCCUUCGUGUUAAUACCCAUAGCUAAAAUGUUCGUCUCAUCCUUCUUCGAGAGGGGUCACCCCAAGAAAGCUGUGAAGAUGUUCCAGUGGGUUUCGAGGCCCGAUUUUCCUGGUGGGGUGGCCGACGAUUCGGGUUUUUAUGCUGUUUUAAUUGAUGGAUUUUGCAAGAGCGGUAUGAUUUUUGAUGCUCUUCGUGUUUUGAGGUUGAUGGCGAGUGAGAAUCUGGUGGUUGGGAAUGACGUUAGAAUGUGGGUGUACAGGGGUUUGUUGAGGGAGGCUAGGGUUAGGGAAGCAUUGGAACUGAAUGCAGCAUUGGAUUGUUGUGCUUUAGGGAGUGAUGAUGGUGCUUUUGGUUCCAAGGAGGUGGUGGAUUUGUUGGACCGGAUGAUUGCUAGUUGGGUCGAGUAGAAAACGGGGUAUAAUUGCAUCUGAAGUUAUCUACAGAGAACGGACAUCCCCAGGCAUUGGGGUAUAUAUCAAGAAUGGAUGUCUUAUUUUCUACUCAUGUAUACUGAUGCUUUGGAAACGUGUUCCUAUUUCAAAGUUAUAAGAACUAAUGGAGGCAUCACAAUAAUGGUCAUCAGACUAUUAUGAAGUUGUUGCUUGCUUGUCGUCUUCUGUUGAUGUAACUCGAGUCAAGCAGGCGGAUAUUUACUGGAUGAGAACUUUUGAGUUGGAGAGCGGCCUAUAACUUUGUGGUUUGAAGACUCAAGCAGCUUGCCUAGCGGAACAAUUACCGGACAGAGCAUCUGCAAGUGAGGCAAUGAUCCAGGAGAUGGGAUGGCAUACAAUUUUGACUCGUUACUGAGCAUUAGAUUAUAAAGGGUGGACUACAGAAAAGCCCUCUGCGAUUAUGUAAUUGCUAGUGCAAGAUGAUACUGAGGAUGUGUGGCAUUAUAGCCUUCACUUAAAGCAGUUCUUUGCCAUGAAAUUGUAGCUGUAUUUAGAGAGUUGAGGUUUAUUUGGUAUGAAAUUAGUGUUUGUUUUGUUUGAAUCCCAAAAAUGAGGUUUGAUUUGGAUUUUUUUA